AUGGAGAGGAGGGUGCUGAAGGUAUUGGUUGUGUUUGCUCUUGCAGUGGACUACUGGGCUUGCUCAGGGUUCCCGGUGUACAACUACGAUCCAUACUCCCUGCAGGAGGCCCUCAAGGCCUCUGUGGCAAAAGUGAAUUCUCAGGACCUGAGUCCAUACCUGUUUCGGGCAUUCCAAAGUUCAUUGAAAAGGGUCAAUGUCCUGGAUGAGGACAACUUGAUCAUGAAUUUAGAGUUCACCGUUCGAGAAACUACAUGCUUGAGAGAUUCCAAAGAAGAUCCAUCUACCUGUGCCUUCCAAAGGGGCUACUACGUGCCAACAGCUGCUUGCAGAAGCACUGUGCAGCUGUCUGCCGAGCAGGUGCAAGGUGUGUGGGUUCACUGCCGCUGGUCCUCCACGUCUGAGUCUUAUAGCAGCGAAGAGAUGAUUUUUGGGGACACAGGAAGAGCCUAUAUGUGGAGAAACAGUUAUCCACUUGGUCCCGUUCCUGACCCAUCAAGAAAUGAACAAUUUGACGAUCGUGGUAAGUGGUCUGUUUCUUUCCAGAGGACACCAUCAGACCCUUUUCUGAUCAACCGAGCCUGCGCUGAAUCCACGAUUCGACCAAACCACUCCAGCCUCUGUCUCCCUCUUCUGUCUUUAGAGAUCACAAGAAGAGGUAUUCCUCCUGGAAGUCGAAGGUACCCCAAUCAAUGGCACAGAACAGGAAUAAAUACUGGCUUUGAGUGA